GUGUCAAAUUCAUAGCCCUUAAUAAUCUUGAUCAAAAGUCAUGUAUGCACUACCUUCCUAGCAAUGAACGUUGAAAAUGUCACAAAUACUAUUUUCCCUUUUGGUGCACAAGUAAACAAAAACCGCAGCAAUGUUGUCUCAUUUGUGCGCCUCACUCUCUCAGACCUCCUCUUCAUCCAUCUCCAUCUCUUUCACCUCCUCCACCGCCUUCCGCCACCGCCUCCGCCCCCUCUUCUUUUACUCCCCCUCAAAAGUCUUGAAAUUACAUAAAAAGGUGCCGUAUUUCUCCACGAACGCUUCCAUGGAGUCGCCUGUGGGUUUGUCGGUUGAUUCGGUCGCCGAUGGAUUGAAGAAACAGAGUUUGAGCGAAGAUAAACGAGUGAAGUUGAACCUCGAGGAUUUGAAUUGGGACCACUCGUUUGUUCGUGAGCUCCCCGGCGAUCCUCGUACGGACAUCAUGCCCCGAGAGGUCCUUCAUGCGUGUUAUUCAAAAGUAUCCCCAUCUGUUCAAGUCGAAAACCCCAACUAGUCGCAUGGUCAGAAUCAGUGGCGGAAAUUCUCGAUUUAGAUCCUAAAGAGUUUGAAAGACCCGACUUCCCACUUCUGUUCUCCGGGGCAUCUCCAUUAGCAGGAGGAUUAUCUUACGCUCAAUGUUACGGAGGGCAUCAAUUUGGAAUGUGGGCUGGACAAUUGGGCGAUGGUAGAGCCAUAACACUAGGAGAGCUUGUGAAUUCAAAGAAUGAAAGAUGGGAGCUUCAAUUGAAAGGUGCAGGAAAGACUCCAUAUAGCAGGUUUGCAGAUGGUUUAGCUGUUCUUCGUAGCAGCAUUAGAGAAUUUCUUUGCAGUGAAGCAAUUCAUAGUCUUGGAAUCCCAACUACUCGUGCACUUAGCCUUGUAACAACUGGAAAAUAUGUCACCCGUGAUAUGUUCUAUGAUGGAAAUCCAAAAGAUGAACCUGGUGCAGUUGUAUGCAGAGUUUCACCAUCUUUUUUACGUUUUGGUUCAUUUCAACUACACGCAUCACGAGGAAAAGAAGACCUUAAAAUUGUUCAAGCUUUAGCUGAUUACACAAUCAGACACCAUUUUCCUCAUAUAGAAAAUAUGAACAAAAGUGAUAGUUUAUCGUUUUCAACAGGCCAAGAAAACGACUCUGUAGUGGAUCUAACUUCAAACAAAUACGCAGCAUGGGCAGUGGAAGUAGCUGAAAGAACUGCUUCCAUGAUUGCAAAAUGGCAGGUGUUGGAUUCACUCAUGGUGUGAUGAAUACAGAUAACAUGAGUGUAUUAGGGCUCACAAUUGAUUAUGGGCCUUUUGGAUUUUUAGAUGCUUUUGAUCCAAGUUUUACACCAAACACUACAGAUCUUCCAGGAAGACGUUAUUGUUUUGCAAAUCAACCCGAUGUUGGAUUAUGGAACAUUGCUCAGUUUGCUUCAACUCUUUCAUCUGCUCACUUAAUUAGCGAAAAAGAAUCCGAUUACGCCCUCGAAAGAUAUGGAACGAAAUUUAUGGAUGACUACCAAUCAGUAAUGACAAAGAAACUCGGGUUACCAAAAUAUAAUAAACAACUGAUAAGCAAACUGCUUAACAAUUUGGCAGUUGACAAAGUUGACUACACGAAUUUCUUUAGAUUACUUUCCAACAUAAAAGCUGAUUCCAGUACUCCAGAGGAGGAAUUGCUGAUUCCACUCAAAGCUGCUUUGUUGGAUAUUGGAAAAGAGCGGAAAGAGGCUUGGAUUAGUUGGGUCAAAAUUUACAUAGAGGAGGUAAAAUCUGUCUCUUGAAUUUCCUAUCCAACAACAAAUGUCAUUAAAUAAGUUAAAUAAUAAGUA